AUGGCGGCAAACUCGGAUGAUGUGAGUUCAUAUAUAUAUUUUUUUUCAAAUAUGUUUCAAGAUAUAUCGAGCGUUGUCGGCAGACGAUGCAGCAGCAGCUCCUAUGUGCGUGGAAAGCAUGUGUAUGAAUUGCGAAGAAAAUGUUUGUUUAUCUUUCGAUCUCGCUAUUUGAAGUAUUUUUCAGGGAGAAACGCGGUUAAUGUGUACAUCUAUUCCAUACUAUAAAGCUGUUAUUUUGAUAUCAUUCGAGUGUCCGCACUGUGGCUUUAAAAAUAAUGAAAUUCAGAGCGGCGAGGCUGUCCAGGUUUGAGGGCGGAAAACAUUAAAAUAUUUCGAGAUUCAAUUUUCCAGGAGCAUGGAACUGAAAUAGUGUUGAGAGUGAAAGAACAGCCAGAUUUGCGAAGACAAGUCGUCAAAAGCGAAUAUGCAUCGAUUGAAAUCCCCGAGCUUGAACUCAAUAUCCCCAGCAAAUCUCAGCCUGGAGGUAAAGAUAUUGCUAUUUCAAGCUUUUGAAUCUCAUUUUUCAGAGAUCACGACAGUUGAAGGAGUUUUGAGUAGAGUCAAGUGCGGUCUCUCUCAAGAUCAGGAGGCUCGGAGGAAAUUGGAUCCUGAAUCGGCCGAACAAAUCGACAGAUUUAUUGAACGAUUAGACGACUGCUUAGAACUGAAAACGACGUGGACUUUGGUUUUUCAUAGGAAAACAGCGAUUUUGAAGAACUUCUUUUUAGAAACUGCGGGAUCCGACGGGAAAUUGUUUUAUUCAAAAUCCAGACGUUCGACACGUUGAUCCUCGGUGUAUUGUCGCACAUUAUCAUCGACCUUUAUUGGAAGACAAACUUCUCGGAUUGGUUGGAGACGAGUCAGUCAUUUUCAGAACUAAUCUUGAGGGUUUCCUCGAAAUUUGAUUUUUCGAAAAAGUUUGAAUUCCAUUCUUCGAGAGUCCAAUUUCUGAAUAAUUUCAUCUUCUGUCUUUUAAAGUUUCUGAACUGAAAGUUAUAAGAAUUAAAAUUUCUCACUGUGAGGUUAGUAAGAGAUACAAGAUGUUUUUAAUUACAUUUCAAUUUAAUUGAUGAAUAUUAGAAAAAUUUUUACAAUCUAAUUUUGAAAUUUAAUCGCCAAACCUUGAUGAAAUGUUAUAGGUAAUAAAGAUGAAAACGUGAAGAAACAAAAAAUUUUGAGAAAAAGAGAUAAAAACGCAAAAGAAACCAAACAUGUACAAUCUGAACGAAUUUAUGUAUGUUUUACUUCUACAUAUUGAAUUUCUGGCCGUCAAAUUUUUGGAGUUGUUUUGUUGUUGUUUUUUGGAUCAAAUUUUUAGUGUAAUAGUUUUUUUUUUUUCAUUUAUUGUCUUAUGGUUCAGCUAAUGGUGAAUCAAACUGCGGGAGUUUAUUUUGAUUCCUUCAGCGAAGAAGAAGAAGUGGAAGCGGCCGAGGAGACACCUGCCCCGGAAUGGAACUCUUUCGAAGACGCCAAAGGAGAAGUCCUUCAUUUCCCCACGAAUUGUCCCAACUGCAGAGCUCCUGCCGUUGUGAAUAUGAAGCCAACCGGUUCAUUCAUUCUUUUAUUUCGAUCAAUGAGAAUAUUGUUCAGAUAUUCCUUUCUUCCAAACCGUCAUCAUCAUGUCUUUGGCCUGCGAAAACUGCGGGCACAAAUCGAACGAAGUCAAAAGUGGCGGAGCGACUCGGGACCACGGCUGCCGUCUCAGUGUUCGCGUGGAGAAUGUGGGUAAUUCAUGUGAUAAUUUCAACUUUAUGCUUCAGGUCUAUUAUAAAAUCAGAAAAACUCUUGUGAUUUUACAACGAACAAAAACCAAAUUGACAGGAAGAUGUUGCAAAGCAUUAUUUAAAAGCAAUUGACGACUUAUUUUGAUUAAAUAAAUCUCAGUCUGGCAAAAAAAAACAUGAAUGAGAAAAAGAAUAUUAAAAAAUACUUUUUAACUUCAUUUUUUCGUUCCCAUUUUUCAAUAGCUCAAAAACAUAAUUGAGAAGGAAAAAAAUUGAACUUUUGGGAAUUUCCCGAAACUUUGUUUUGUUUGUUUAUUGCAUCUUCAAUGUAAGAAUACAUGUGCAAUCGACUUUCAUUGAUUUGACUGUGUUUAAACGGCGGCAGGAGCUGUGGCUUAGGCAGAGAAGUUGUGAAUUUUGCUCGUAGAACAUCAGAUACAAGAGAGGUCGUAGGAAGAGUUACGGUGCCGGCUUUCCAAAGGCCGAUGGCAGAGAUUGAGCCUUUUCGCUGCAUGCAGCUCCCAAUUUUAUCUACCCCGGAGGGAUGAAAGGCUUGGUCGACCUCGGGGGGACUCGAACCCACGACCUUGCGGACGUUAGAAAUGAGUUAUGCCAGCUGAGCUAUGCCGCCCCCUAAGCCUAAGCCUAAUCGAUUUCUGCUCGCCUGUCCCUAAAUAGGGCGCAGGCCAAGGCCUAACUCGCCUGCCUAAGCCCGAAACUUUAAAAAUAUAAAUUUCCACAAAAUUUCAAGGAAAAUCAAUUUAUUUUUCAUUGUUUUCGAAACUUACUGGUUUGAGGUUAUCUUUUUGUGUUUUAUUUUGAAUUCCACCAUUUUCAGUGCCAUCAUAAUAUUUUUAGGAGCUUGACCUUGCUAGAGACGUUCUGAAAUCAGACACUUGCUCUCUAGAAAUCCCAGAACUCGAGCUUCAGGUGAAACUUUUUUCCAGAAAAACGAACAAAAGUUGUUUUUCACAGGUAGGGCAGGGCGCCUUGUGUAGUCGGUUUACAACAGUCGAAGGACUUCUCACUGCCACAAAAGACCAACUCGAUGUGGUUGGUUCUUUCAAGUUUUUUUUAGAGGAAUAAAAAUAAAUCCCUAGCAAUCGGCUUUCUUCAUGGGCGACAGCGCGAAAACCGACGAGAAAAACGUGGUUCAAGAGUUUCUGACGAAAAUCGACGACAUUAUUGCGUUGAGAACUCCCGCCACGAUUGUUCUGGAUGACCCGGCCGGAAAUAGUUACAUUCAGGUUCGGAAAAAAAUCCUGAAUCUUUUCGCAAAUCAAGUUCCAGAGUUUAUCGGCACCUUUGGAAGAUGAGCGAUUGAAAAAAGAAUUUUACGUGAGGUCCUUCGAUCAGAACGAGGAGCUUGGUUUGAACGAUAUGAAGGUACGUUUUAGAAAGAAAUAUUGCAGAAAAAAUGCCUUCACUUUUUUUUGCGAAAACAUAUCCACGGAAACCAGCUAAAAACGCAUCAAUAGUUAAAAGUUAGCCAUGGACAGACUUAGUAAAAAAAAAAAUCAAAUUGAAGCUGAUCAGAAUAGCUGAAAACACCUUUGACAAAAAUUCAAAAGUUAAAAAACGUACCAAGUUUUGUAGAAAGUUUCUAAAAAUACUGUAGCACUAGAAACCCUCAGAUGAAUAUUCAAUAACUACUUAUUUUUAUUAUAUUAUAUCUCGGCCUUUUAAGGCUACUUUUUUUACGUGCAUAGCUAUCGUUUAUUUUCGUCCACUUUCUGCCUAACAUAGAUUUUCAGUCGCCUGAAAAACUUGGAACGGUUUUAGGUGGAGAAUUAUGGAGAGUUGGAUACGUUGGCAGAAGAAGAAUCAGAAGAGACGAAUGAGCAAUAA